CCAGUAAUCUCUGAGUGGGCGUGGCCGUAGAUCCCUGCGCUCUGAUUGGUCGGCUCGGCGCUGCCAGUGCGGUCCUGAGAGCGGGUCGUGUUGAUCUCAGAAGUCAUCAUGGCGCUCAGUUCCCCAGUCAAAGAGCACCCAUAUAGCCAUCUAAUUGACACACUGCAAGAUGGCAGGAUCAAGUUCUUCAAUCUACAGAAAUUAAAUGAUCCAAGAUAUGACAAGCUGCCUCUGUCCAUCCGUGUCUUACUGGAGGCAGCAAUUCGUAACUGUGAUGGCUUUUACACAAAAGAAGAAGACGUCCAGAACAUACUGGACUGGCAGCAGCAGCAGAAUAAAGCUGAGGUGCCGUUCUCUCCAGCGCGAGUCCUUCUCCAGGACUUCACUGGUAUUCCUGCCAUGGUGGACCUGGCAGCCAUGAGGGAUGCAGUGGCCAAACAUGGCAUGGACCCCAACCUGGUCAACCCUAAAUGCCCCACAGACCUCAUCGUAGACCACUCAUUACAGAUUGAUUAUAGCAAAUGUGCCAUACAGAAUGCUCCUAACCCAGGUGGAGGGGACGGCCCAAACCAGAGCCACGGUCCUUCACGAUCCACACCCUCCAGGCCUCUGUCCAGAGGAGGCUCACAGUGUGGGGGCCAGCGGGGCUCCUGUAGUAAAGCUGCCUGCAGUGACCCUCCAGCCUCCUCGGGUCGGUCUCCAGCGUCUGUCCAGCAGAUCGAGAAUACACCUCUCCUCUGCCCUUUCCACCUGAAGCCUGUGUCUGAAACUGAUACAGCUCUGAAGAAUCAGGAAAUGGAGCUGACCAGAAACAAAGAGAGGCUUCAGUUCUUUAAGUGGUGUUCAAAAGCAUUUAAGAAUGUGAACGUAGUUCCUCCGGACGUUGGUGCAGUCCACCAGGUGAAUCUGGAGUACCUGUCCAGAGUGAUCCAGGUCAGAGACGGUUUCAUCUACCCUGACAGUGUGGUGGGAACCGAUUCACACACCACCAUGAUAAAUGGCCUGGGCAUCCUGGGCUGGGGUGUUGGGGGAAUCGAGUCAGAAGCUGUGAUGCUGGGCCAGCCAGUGUCUCUGACACUUCCUCAGGUGGUGGGCUGUAAACUGGUGGGCACCAUCAACCCCCUGACCACCUCCAUAGACAUCGUCCUCGGCAUCACAAAGCACUUGCGGCAAGCUGGGAUCGCUGGGAAGUUUGUAGAGUUUUUUGGACCUGGCGUCUCCCAGCUCUCAGCCCCUGACCGAACCACCAUUGCCAACAUGUGCCCAGAGUACAACGCCACUGUCAGCUUCUUCCCCGUCGACCAAGUCACACUCAAGCACUUUAAAAAGACAAAUUUUACCCAGGAAAAACUUGAAUUGCUGGAGUCUUACAUGAAGGCUGUAAAACUUUUACGAAGCUAUGAAGAUCCCUCAGAAGACCCUGAGUAUUCUGAGGUGAUUGAGAUCAACCUGAGUUCCAUGGCGCCCUACGUGAGCGGACCCAAGAGGCCACAGGACAGAGUGGCAGUGAGCAGCAUGAAAGAAGACUUCCAGAGUUGUCUUGAUGAGAAGGUUGGCUUCAAAGGCUUCCACAUCUCUAAGGAGAAGCAGGACAUCCUGGUUCCUUUCCUGCACUGCGGUCAAGAGUAUCAGCUGGCCCACGGCUCGGUGGUCAUUGCUGCUGUUAUCAGCUGCACCAACAACUGCAACCCGUCUGUCAUGCUGACUGCAGGUCUACUGGCCAAGAAGGCUGUGGAGGCCGGGCUUGUCGUCAAGCCUUAUAUUCGGACUAGCCUGGCUCCUGGAAGUGGCAUGGUCACUCACUACCUCAAUACCAGUGGAGUCCUGCCGUACUUUAGCCAGCUGGGGUUCGAGGUGAUAGGUUAUGGCUGUGCCACCUGUGUAGGGAACACGGCUCCGUUACCAGAAACUGUCGUGGAUGCAAUCAAACAGGGGGACCUGGUGGCCUGCGGUGUUUUAUCUGGCAACAGGCACUUUGAAGGCCGCCUGUGUGACUGCGUGCGGGCCAACUACCUGGCCUCCCCUCCCCUGGUGGUGGCCUAUGCUCUUGCGGGCACUGUAGGAAUCGACUUUGAGAAGGAGCCUCUGGGUGUGACUUCAGAGGGGAAGGAGGUGUACCUCUGUGACAUCUGGCCGUCCAGGGAGGAGGUCCAACAGACUGAAGAGGACACAGUCAUCUCCUCCAUUUUUAAGGAUCUUAGAGGAAGGAUGGAGCAAGGGAACACAUUUUGGAACAACAUUGAAUGUCCAGAUUCUGUGGUUUUCCCUUGGGAUCAUAAGUCCACAUAUAUCCGUUCGCCAUCUUUCUUUAGCAAGUUGAGUAAAGAGGUGCCACCUCCUCAGUCGAUAGAGAACGCUCAUGUCUUACUGUUCCUCGGGGACAAAGUCACCACGGACCACAUCUCACCAGCCGGCAGCAUUGCCAGGGUCAGCGCCGCCGCCAAGUACCUGCUGAGCAAACGCCUGACACCGCGGGAGUUUAACUCGUAUGGCGCUCGCAGAGGGAAUGACGCAGUGAUGACCAGAGGCACCUUCGCCAGCAUCAAGCUCCAAAAUCGAUUCAUUGGCAAACCGGGCCCUAAGACUUGGCACAUUCCUUCAGGCCAGACGUUGGAUGUCUUCGAGGCAGCCGAACGCUAUCAGAGAGAUGGCAUUCCCCUCAUCAUCCUGGCAGGGAAAGACUACGGCUCUGGAAACUCCAGGGACUGGGUAGCCAAAGGACCAUACCUGCUGGGUGUACGUGCAGUCAUCGCUGAGAGCUUUGAGAAGCUGCACAAGAACCAGCUGGUGGGAAUGGGCAUCAUGCCGCUCCAGUUCUUGCCCGACCAGAAUGCGGACUCACUGGAGCUCAGUGGGAAGGAGAGGUUCACCAUCACCCUGCCAGACAGCCUGAGCCCGAGGCAGCAGCUCACUGUCAAGAUUAGCGAAGGAAAGUCCUUCUUCGUCACUGCACUGUUUGACACCGAGAUGGACAUUAUCUUUUUCCGACACGGAGGGCAUCUUAGAUACGUUGCUCGGACUUUGCUCUGAAACACCCCGCUACCCGGUCCCAAGCCUGCUGAAUGUGCCCGAGGUUCAUGAACAGCAGCCCUCAUCCUUUCACCUGUUUGUCUUCAGCAUGAAUGAAAAAUCGGAGCAACGUGAAGGCUGACGUUUUGCCCGCUCGAGCUCGAUGAACGUCUCCAGACUUUUCGGGAGUCCCGAAACGUCAGUUUUCAGUCCCGUUCCUGAACUGCUUCUCCAUCACUACACGUGGCUGUUUCAUUUUCAGCAGCAGCGUUUCUCCUCACAAGACAGUCAAAACAAGCAGAGGAAGUGGUGACAUUCACUCAGCAAGGAUAUUGUACCCUAGACGACCUUUGAACAUUGUUUCUUUUGUGUGUUUUACUGUUGGAGUGUACCGAGGGGCACAUUUCUUUCAUCGAGGACUUGAGCCGAGAGGAAAUGGAUCCUGCCAAGAAAGGCUAACACGGUGCUAGGUACUACAGCAUGAAUACAUUGGUGUUUUUAGGGUGCAAUGCAGCUGUUUUUUCCCAAACAUCCAGGUAAAUUGUCUAAUUUUGUGAAUUGCAGAAAUUUGCAGAAUUGAUGUCAGUUGCCCAUAUUUCUUAUUGGGGCCAAACACUCUUGUGUAAAUUAAAGUUCUGUUAAUAUUUCUUUUAAUCAAAUUUGCCUUUUGCAAAAAGUACAAUUUUCUCCUUAUUCAGUCAACUUUUAUUAUGUGGAAAAUGUGAAAUCCCUUUUUGCUGUUGCUUGUAUCACUAAGCUUCCUACAUAAAGAUGUCUCCUACUACAACCAGCAGUCCUCUGCAUUACAUUAAAGGUAAAUUAUAAAAGUU